AUGCCCUCAUUUUUUGAAGUUACACUUAAUGAAUGUGGUCAUUUAAUGAAAACCUCUUUGAGAGAUAAUCGUCUUUAUUUUACAAUUUAUUACACUUACGGUUAUUUAUUAUUAAUGUUAGCUACCCCAUUCCUUUUCAUAAUCGUUUUAAAUGCUCGGAUUUUGUCAAUUAUUCACCGAGCAAAUUUAGAGAGAUAUCGAAUGAAUGUUGUUAGAAGGUCAUCUAGACUAACUCGAAGCAGUCAAGGAAGUAAUGGUUGUGUUGUAAAACGAGAAAGUAACAAUAGCACAACUUGGGUAACAACUCAACUAGUACAAACUAAACAACAAAACGGUUCUAAAGAUUCGUUUUCGGGAGGAAAAGUUUUACAAAACAACAAUAAUACUUCAAACAUUAAUUCGAACGUUUCUUCAAGUUGCGAAAAACAUCAAGUCCUUGAAACUAUUAGUGGUAAUUUUUAUUGCUGA